AGAAAAGAGAGUAAAGUUAGAGAGAGAGAGAGAGAGAAACUGACAGCGGCAGACAGGGAGAAAAGAUGAACAGUCUGCCGGCCAGGUCAUGACAUGUCUCGAUUUCAACCCGAAUUAAUGGCGGCAAUAAAAAUCUGAAUAAGAAAAAAUAUUAUAAUCAGGGGGCCAAAAUUCACGCUGCACAUCGCAUCGACUAUUUUUAUUUUUUAUCCAUCAUUUUAUUUGCUGGUGCUGCAGAGUGAUCAAGUCGAGCAGCGAGCCACCACGUGACGCGAGCAGUGCGCCUCCGCUUCCUGCGCUGAUCCCCUCUCUCUCCUCCCUCCCGUGUGUUUGUUUCUUCACGUCUUUCUUCUUCUUCUCUCUUCCUUCUCCUCCGUUUCCUGCUCUCCAUUGUCGGCGACGAGUCAAACAAUCAAUCAAGAAUCAAUAUCCAUGGCGUCCUGCGAUGCCUCCUCCUCCUCCUCCCCUCCUCCUCUUGCUCCUCCUCCUCCUCUUCUUCUUCCUCCUCCUGCUUCGCCAACGCCCUCGUCCUCUUCCUUCGAAUCCCCCUCCUCGUCGCGUCUCCUCCCUUCGCGUUUGGGAUCGCUCUGGGGCUCGCUGAGGAGGGAGAGGGUGCCUGCGCCGAAGCGAUCGGGGGCGAAGAAGAAGAAGGGGCCUCCUCCGAGGAGGAGGACGCGGGGGGUUUUGGCGUGGGCCGGGGUCGUCGCCUUCUUCUUCCUCAUGAACUGGUGGAUGUUCUCGCGGCUCCAGGAUCCGGCGCUGCGGCACCGUCGCAAUGAUCCCGGGCUCUUGAACAAGGAUCAGGAUGGUAGGAGUGUCAAGGGAAAAGGUAGAAGGGCUCACAGAGUUAUGCUUACAAGGCUGCUGGCUUUGGCGGCCCAUGCUUUGGCAGAGGCAGAAAGCCAACCGGAGCCUCAGGAUUUAUGGCAGGAGCCUUUUGAUUCUGCUGUUUCGUGGACACCUUGUGCUGAUAAGCGUAGUUGGGAACCUUCUGAAGGGCUGAAUGGCUACAUCCUAGUCAGUGCAAAUGGAGGUAUAAACCAGCAGCGAGUGGCUAUCUGCAAUGCUGUUGCUGUUUCUCGUUUACUUAAUGCAACUCUUGUCAUUCCAAAGUUCCAGUAUAAUAGUGUAUGGAGAGAUAAAAGCCAAUUCAGCGAUAUAUAUCAGGAGGAGCAUUUUAUUGAUUAUUUGAAAGCUGAUAUUCGGAUUGUCAACGCACUUCCUGUGGAACUACAGUCAUUAGACUUGGAAGCCAUUGGCAGUAUUGUGACUGAUGUUGAAGUCAUGAAAGAGUCAAAGCCAAGUUUCUAUGUUAAAAAGAUCUUACCGGUUCUACUUAAGAACAGGGUAGUUCAUUUCGUCGGAUUUGGGAAUCGUUUAGCUUUUGAUCCCAUACCAUUUGAGCUACAGAGGCUCCGGUGCAGAUGCAACUUCCAUGCUCUACGGUUUGUUGAUAAAAUACGAGAAACUGGAGCUUUGCUUGUGAAAAGGAUGCAAAAUUAUUGUACACAUUCAAAUCCUUUGGAACAUAAUCUCUUAGGUCGGUUUAUAGAAAAAGUGAAUCCUGAUGGGAAAAAUAACGUCUCUUCCAGAUACUUAGCUGUGCACCUCAGGUUUGAAAUUGACAUGGCUGCUUACUCUAUGUGUUACUUUGGUGGAGGCAAGGAUGAAGAGGAAGAGUUAGAAGCAUACCGUUCCAUCCACUUCCCUGUAUUGACACUUCUUAGGAAAACGACAAAGGUACCUUCAGCUGCAUUCCUGCGAUCUGAAGGCAAAUGUCCUCUCACACCUGAAGAAGCAGUGCUUAUGCUUGCUGCUCUUGGCUUCAAGCGCAGCACAAGCGUAUAUAUUGCAGGUGCAGAAAUAUAUGGAGGGAAGUCGAGAAUGGCUGCUAUAACUCGUCUCUAUCCAAAUUUAAUAACAAAAGAAAGUCUCCUUUCUUCAGCUGAAAUCGAACCCUUUCGCAAUUAUUCCUCUCAGCUAGCUGCCUUGGACUUCAUUGUGUGUGCUGCUGCCGAUGCAUUUGCGAUGACAGAUUCAGGGAGCCAGUUAUCUUCUCUUGUUUCAGGGCACCGAAUGUAUUAUGGCGGUAGGAAACUUCCCACAAUAAGGCCCAACAAACGCCGAUUAGCCAGUAUCUUCUUAAAAAAUUCCACGAUAGAGUGGAAGGAGUUUGAGGAGAGAGUGAGAAAGACAAUAAAACAGACGAAGCAGGUUCAUGAAAGGCCGGUUGCAAGGAGUAUUUACAGGCACCCACGUUGUCCGGAAUGCAUGUGCAAGAUUGAACAGUAGCUGCGAUUUUAUUUGCCAUCACUCCUAAUACUUACUAUCCAGUUCAUCAAUUGAUAUUAGAUUAAUUAUCCAGCGGACCAGUUGGUGCUUUUUGGAAAUUCUGAGAAGGUUCAUUGGAACAUCAAUUUAUACAGCCAAGAGCGGCUCUAUCAAAGCUUAAUGUUUCCGGGGGGCUGAAUUUAGUAGUGAUCUCUGCAAUGGGCAGCCUCCUUCAAUCAGGCUAGUUGAUUGAUGUUUGGUUCAAGGUAUCUAUAUUUUCUUCGGCAAAUGGCAUCCCGUCUAUGUCUGAGGAGAUCGGUAAUUCCUUAUCUUGAAGUGGGAUCACUAUAGCGAUGGGUGUAACAAUUAUUAGAAGCGGGUCAAGAGAUUUUCUUGCGGGGGUUGCUUUCCUUGCUGAUGGUAGCUGUUGAGCAUGAGAGAUGUGAUUUGAGGGGCAUCAAUCAUGCUUAUUAUGAAAUGUGGAUUAUUGAUUUUUGUUACUGAUUACGUUUUAUUAAAUUUUAAUCACCCAAUAGAGUUUAUUGCGGUGUUGCGCAGUAGCCUUCGCAAACCAAUGCCAGUUGGGAUAAUCGACAAGUAGAGCCCAGGAAGUCAUUAUAUUUUGGUUAGUACUGAGUUUUCUUGCAUUUAUUUGCUGUGGGAGUUGAUGAGCCCCCUUUUAUUUAGUGAAAGAGAACCUUUUGUUUUAAUCAUGUACUCUGCUGCACCAUAUUGUAACUUUUCAGAGCCUAAGUCAUCUUACCAAGAAGAUCCCUUUUACGAUUGGAGGAUUAAUAA